UUCAUCGCAUAGCUAAUCGGAUCUCUGAGCUUAGGGGUAGUCGGUCCUACUGGCAACCUACCAUACCCCGAAGCACAUACCCCGCGUUUGCACGCGACUCUUUAAACGUGAGGAGGCCGGUUUCUUUGUCUUUUCGAGACUUCUGCGUCACUGACAAUCUCUUGUGCUUCCCUAUCCAUUAGCUUCUCACACUCUUGUGCCUAGUUUGGUCCUUCAUCCGCAUCUGCAAUCAUGUCCGUCGUUGUCCCUCAAGCAUCUCAUGUGGGCAAUAUCGAUGAUGAGAUGGCUGCAUUGGCGUUGCAGCUCGAGGAGCUUGGUGCCUACUCCAAUUCUGGCAAAGGAAAGCAUCCUGUGGACCAACCUCCUGACAUCGAGGUUGUCUAUGGACAGUUCCAAGCAGAGCUGCAGGCCUACAAGGACUUUCUUGCCGAUCAGAAGCUCGCCCGGAGUAUUGGGGCUGCUGUGCACUCCGAUAGCAUCGUAAUCGGAGACCUUACCUCCCAAGAUGUUCAAGCUCAUGAAGACCGCCGUUUUGCGUUGGAGUUGAGCAACAAUGACCCUAACAUCGAGGCUCCACCUCCGUCCGUACAAGCCAACCUUCAAGGCAAAGUCCAUGACUGGAUGUCCACCGUAUCCGGAAACAUCGCUGCUACUUCGGUCAUUGAGUUCUCCGAUGAUGAGACAGAGGCCGGGCCAUCAAUGUCCUACGUGGAGCGCCAGGCCGAUAUCAUCAAGAAAUUAUCGACUGAGUUCAAGUGCUGCACUUGUCUGGACCGCUUCCCCCGCGCAUCCAUGGUCAAAGCGAAAUGUGGAGAUCGCUACUGUGUUGAUUGCAUCAAAGGCCUCUUCAUGCGGUCAACGAAAGAUGAGAGUCUGUAUCCUCCCAGAUGCUGCAAGCAACAUAUUCUUCUUGACCUAGUCGCCAGGCACAUGGAUCCAGAAGAACUGGCCACCUUCGAGCUGGCGACCGUGGAAUAUGCGACGAAUGACAAGACGUACUGCAGCAACCACGACUGUAACGCCUUUGUUGUCCCCGAUAAUAUUGAGCCUGGUACAAACCGCGCAGUCUGUCCAAAGUGCAGCAAGGAAACCUGUUCUCUCUGCAAGGCAGCCUUCCAUGGAGCAAGUGACUGCCCCGAUGAUCCGGCGCUUCACCAAACUCGGGAGUUAGCACGCGAGAUGGGAUGGCAGACCUGUUAUAAUUGUGCCCGAGUGGUACAGCUGCGAAGUGGCUGUAAUCAUAUGACAUGCCACUGCAAGGCUGAGUUCUGCUACGAGUGUGGCACGCGCUGGAAGGAAUGCGGUUGCCGUACAGCAGACCCCAAUCGCAUCGUAGAGCGUGCAGAAGAGAUCGUGUACAGAGACGCUGAACCGAACAUACUUCCUGGUGAGUGGCGUGAGCGUGUUAACAGGGUAGCUGCCGAGUUGCAGGAGAACCAUGAGUGCGAGCAUUCGCGACGCUUUCAGCGCAUUUUUCAUGGUGCGCCAAGGAGAGGCUUCAGAUGCGAGAUGUGCGAUGCACGCCAUCACAAGUACAUCUUGCAGUGCCGCUACUGCUAUGUCAACGUCUGCGAAGAUUGCCGUCGCAACCGCAUCUGAGCCCGACCUCGAGUCGUGAUGGCCACUCCCAUCGAACGUUACGUCUCCGUUGUUGAAGAUAUUUCAUUCCUUGAACGUCCGUCAUCAAACGAACUUCCACUCAUUAGAUUAAAGCAACAAAAUCAGGAUCUUAUCUCCCAAUUAGCCUCGUGUUGUGCAAGAUU